AUGUCCACUACCACAGCCGAAGUCAGUCCUGUUGUGACCGUCACUGGAACUCGGCCAAAGGCUCGUAUGGCGCUCGAUGGAUCGCCAACAAACUACGGCGACUUCCGCGAUGCCUUGAACCGAGACGGAUACGCCGUUAUCAAGAGCGCGAUUCCCCUGGACCGCGCAACCAAGUACGCGGAUGAGUUCUAUAACUACUUGGAGGGUUUUGGUCUCGGCUAUCGCCGCGACGACCCAUCGACGGUGAAACCGUCAACCCUGCCCGUCAUCAAUGAAAAGGGCAUGAUUUUGGCAUAUGGCGUCACCCACGAGAAGUGGGUGUGGGAUAUCCGCGGUGAGCCAAGUGUCGUAGAUACCUUUGCCAAGGUCUAUGGUGAUGACGAUCUGAUCGUUUCGUUUGACGUGGUUAAUGUCCAGUUUUCAAACCGAAAGGAGAUGCCUGAAAACAAGAACGAUUUGCUAACCCGACAUAGCAAGCCAUGGCCCCAUCAAGACCAAGACCCAGCUAAACCGGGCUUCCGCUGUCUUCAAGGCCUUGUCAACCUCAACCCCUGCGGCCCCGACGAUGGCGGCCUGAUCGUCUGCCCGGGGGGGCACAAAAUCUCCGAACAGUUUCACAGUGAAAUGGCUAAUGAGCCACGUAUCCCCGCGUGGACACCAGAGUGGUUCGGCUUCACGGACAAUGGGAUAAAGUGGCUAGCCGACCAUGGCCUAAAAUGGGUCAAGGUCUGCGCAGAACCUGGUGAUCUGAUAGUUUGGGAUAGCCGCGUGCCGCACUACAAUCUUCCGCCUUCCGGGAAGAAUGACAGGCUCGCGGUAUACACGUGCUAUAUGCCAGUCGCCGAUGCCAGCCAGGAGGAUCUGGUGAGGAAGAAAAAGGCGUUUGAGGCUCGUUUGGGAACUACGCACUGGCCGAAUGCAGUGCACGUUGGAACGAAUGUCGCUAUGCGCAAUGGGAAGCCUUGUCCCAAGAGCCGAGAGAGACCAGUUCAGGAACCUAUUUUGAACGAGAUGACGUUCAAAUUGACGGGAAUCCCGUAUAUCAAACAGGAGGCUUGA